CGCACGGGCUCCAAGCGAUGAAGGGCCUUGUGCUGUGUUUGACAAUUUUUCUCUUCUUUGAGUUAAAGCUUGCAGUUGGCUCAUGCCCGACCUAUUUUCAGCCUGAUGAGCUUCAAGGAUCGGCAAUCUCGUUAACUCGGACUCGCUCGCUGGAUAAGGUGGAGUGUUCUGAUACCACACACGGUCCAUGUGAAGCGGCCGUUGAUGGCAAGGCUGACAAUACCGCACCGCAUCAAUGGCAAACCAAACAAUCUGUUGGAGAAAUUUGGUUUAAGAUCAUUCUUAUAAAAGAAUUUCGUUUGAAUAAGAUCAGUUUUAAGCAGCUCAACAGCACCGAAUUCAGGCAAAUUCAAGAUGUGCGAAUUGAAUUUACCGGCGCAGGAAAUGUUUCGCUGCAGCUGAGUUUACAGAAGAAUGGUUGGCAGUCGUUCCGUUUUGCUGAAAGAAAAACGAAGGAAAUCAAGAUCAUCCUCAAAACCUUUUACACAACGGAUACCAGAGCUUACGGUUUUCAAGAGAUUGAAAUUUUCGAAGAAAACGCUGGAAAAGAUCUUUUGUGUGAACACAUGUCUCUUGAGGGCACAGGUGAUGGUACCUAUCCAAUAUCUGGUGGUUUUGUUGUCGUGACACUGAAUUUCCCGCAGGAUAAUAAAAAGAAGGUUAAACUGGAUUUUCUCCAAGCAGUUGGACCGUUUGAUUAUCGUUUAACUGUGGACGCUUCAUUGAAUCCGAUCAAAUUCACCCUCAAGCCUUCAGGCGUAUCAGAGAUAGUUGCUAACCUGGCUUAUCCAUUGUCAAAAACGGUUGAUCUUCAAUUAUGGGUCGAUUUCAGUUCCGACAAGUUUGUUGUCGGCGUAGGAUCGGAGACACUCGCAACGACACCGCACACCAUAUCGACUUUGUCUCAAAUGAUUUUUUCCCCCGAAGAUGGUACCUUUGUCAACGCAGGCUUUUGCAGUCAACGAGGCGCGUGUUUUGACGAUGCUACACAUCACUGGCCGAUGGAUAAACUUUAUGGUGGUAGUGUAGGGGACAUCGCUGGAAGUCAACACGGCCGGGUUGUCGCUGGUGUUGGCCAGAUUGUGAAUACCGGGCCUAUUGUUCAUUCAGGCUUCAAAACUGCCGGCAUAUCUUUACGCGAAAGCGACCGGGGAACUCUCAACUUGGGCGACUUCUCGGCUCUCCAAAUGAUGAAUUUUCGUUGGAAAUCAGGAUGGACUUUUUCUUUCUGGCUUCGUUUCGACAGUUUAAGGAAUACAACAACAACAGCUAAGAAUCACGCUCCGAUAUUUGUGAUCAAUGGAUUUCUAGAGAUAAGACGUUAUCCCAAUGACGGUUUCCACUUUAUUAUUUACAGAGAAAAAGGCAGAUACAGAGUUAAAACGAACAUUGAGUUAACUGUGGGGAAAUGGCAACACUGGACAUUGACGUGGCUGGAAGAUGAAAAACUUACCGUUUAUUACAACGUGGUCGGGGAAAUGCGUUCACAUUAUUAUGAGGAAAGUACCUGGUCAGACAGCAACCCGCCAAAUCUUGCCAUCGGGUGCACGGAUGCGUAUACCGAUCCUUCAUGGGUGUGUGAUGACGUCACGAUUGCUGACGUGGUGUUUUGGGAUCGCAGAUUAAGCUCGCAGGAGCUGAUGAACAAGUUUCAAUGCUCUGGUUACCGACUAGGUCAAAGCAACUCGCUCGACAUAAGAACUGGACAGACGCUGAACAGCGGUCUCACGGCCUCAUCAUCUCUUGCAUUCGGAGAGAACGCUGAGUACCAGGCCUCGCCUGAUCGCGCCCGUGCUGGAUUGCGUGCUCCCGAAGGUUACUGGGCACCCUCACGCCUGGAUACCAGCCCGUUUCUGCAGGUGGACUUGAACCAGUGGGUUGUGGUGACCGAGGUGGCCGUACAAGGCAGUCCUGAGGCUGGCGGAUGGGUGACCGGGUACACCAUGACUUAUAAACAAAACAGCGCCCCCUGGGCAUUUGUACCAUAUACCACCGGCCUCUCUGUCCAGGCUUGGCUUUAUGUAACUUGUGGUCUUCGAAUCGCACUGCGAAGCUCUGAGAUAACCUCGGAUGGUACCCCCACGGUUCUUCAGGGUGCCGUGGACACCUCUACUUUGGUGUCAAAUGUUCUGCCUAAAAACAUCACCACUCGAUUCAUCCGACUUUACCCUACGACCUGGGUUGGCAGUAUUGCGAUGCGGGUUGAGGUUUUCGCCGGUCCAAAAGCCGAAAACUACGAGGGUUGUUUCAAAUCCCCUUCGUCUUUGUCGCGCGAAGACGCAUACGAUGGUGACAACAUGACUCCAGAAGUUUGCACCACUCUGUGCGCUCAGCGUGCGACUCACGCCUAUCUCAAAGCUGGUACCCAGUGCUUUUGUUCUAACGCCGUGCCACCCACGGCCCAGGGCGAAACAAUUGCCGAAAACCUUUGUGGUGUGCCUUGCUCAGGCAAGCCCGGGCUCUUCUGUGGUGGCGUGGAAUACGUGUCAGUUUAUAAAGGUAAGGGGUCGUAUAGUCCCCCGUCCUUUGCCCUCACCAUUCCGUCAGCCGUCAACCUUGGUGAGAACGUAUCCUUUUCCGUGUCUCCGCUACCCGAGAGUGAUUACCAUAUUGAUUUUGGAAACGGGCAAACGAUGAGAUCCUUCAAGUCGAACAUGUUCUUCGUCUUCGCAACGGCCGGGAAAUUCACUGUGCGAGCGACAGCGAUGACAUCCGGCUACGGGGAACCUGUGGAGGUCAGCGCGGAGGUCUUGGUCCAGGUCAAAGUGCCGGUGGUGGCUUCUCUGAAAUGUCCCACAGCUGUUGAGACGAACGAGGAGUUCGAAUGCGUGUUUGAUCUGGUACAGAGUCCAAACGCAGCUUUGACGCUAGAUUUCUUCGGUGGCGUAGCAACAGUAACUGAUACCAUUCAAGAAACACUACAAGGUGUUGUUGGCCAUGAUGUGGUUCCAAAUGUGGAGUCUACAAGCGAUUCUGGUAUUUAUGUGUUUCCUGAUUUGAGAUUCGAAAGUAAAGGGAAGAUCCAGGCCUGGGAAGUACUCGCUAUGAAAGCUGGAGUGAUUCGACUUCUGAUUGUUCGGGCGUUCUGUUUGUUCAACACUAGCGAAACGUAUUUAUCGAGCAAUGGCGUUGCUCUCCAAGCAUCGGAGUGCUCCUCUGUUUCGUGCCAAAGCGCUGAAAAGUUCUGCAUGUCCGCGGGCUCAUGUCUAAGCUCGAGCGGAAAAUGUGGCUCCCAAUCCCCAGUCAGCUUCGCGAAUAAACACGAGAUUGUCCACGAGUUCAUCGCGCACGUCUCUCCAGGCUUGAACAUCCUGAAGUACGAAGGAGAUCAGUUGACUGCGCAGCCUGAGGUGGGACCUGGGUACAGUAUCGCGUUUCACAAGCCCGCCGACUCUAGUGCGGAAUUGGCAAAGGUCGUUCAGCAAAAUCCAAAGUUUUACGUGUUUUCCGAUGACGUUUCAGACGUGGGGACGAUGUUAGACACGUCGUUGAUCACAAACCCGGCCACUGGCAAGGUUCACAUUAAGGCCUAUUACUCUGUGGGCAGCACACAGGUCGUGAAGGCAACAUAUCCAGAUGUAGGCAUUUUCAACCCUCGCGCCCGCUUCGCCGUCAGCGGUAGUAACGUAGACUUCACCACGACCAUCGUCGUCUCGGAGUCGAUCGAAGGGGGCAACUGGACCGUCACACCAAGCCCGUAUAUUGGCACUAACGAGACGUUUACAGUGCUGGCGAAACCACUGACCAGAGGUUACAAUGUGACCGUGAAUGUUCGCUACGACACCCAAGGCAGUUCGUCCUACUUUGAGCCACGAGUGACAAAUGAAAUAUUGUUCGAUCAAGCCUUCUCCAAACGCGGGUUUAAAUCUUUGUCGUUGACGUACAGCAACGCUUUGUCCUCGGUCGAGUUCAGCUGUCGGGUACACGUGCAAGAUAUGGUCGACUACCUUGAGCUGGUUGAACCAAUCACAGUCGUUCCCACUGGAAAUGAAAGCGAGAUAGUCUGGAACUUGCUUCAAGGUAGUGAUUUGACUUUUGAGUUCGACCUAGCGGAUGGCACCGUCUACAGAAAUGGGACUUUUGAUAUCGACGGGGUGUUGGUUGUGUAUGCAAAACAUGUGUAUUACGCGCCUGGAGAAUACGAAGUGAAUAUAACCGUCUUUAAUGAGGUCAGUAAUCUCACACUCAUUGUGGUCGCCGCUGUGGAAGAUACGAUUGUAGACAUGAAAACGGAAGUGGUUCACGCAGCAAGAGACAUCGAAGUGGACGAGGUUAUCCAGUUUAACACGACGAUGCUCAAUGGCACGAGCCCCUACUAUCUUGUUCAGUUCGGCGAUGGAUCCGAUGAUUUCGGCCUCGAGAGUUUGAUCAAUCAUUCGUACUCCUCCUGGCAGGUCUUCGAGGCCAAUAUCACAGCGUGGAACAACGUCAGUAAAGCCACGUAUCUUCUUAAUGUCACCGUACACAAACCAGUUCGACCGCUGAUCAAUUUCACCAUUACGGUCGAGCCGACGAACCACACCGACCCACAGGCUUUCAUGUUGGAAAUUAGUGACGGAACCGACUACAAUUGCUCGUGGGAUUUCGGAGACGGUACGAAAGGCGAGAACAACUACGACGACUUGGGCAAGUAUUUAUAUCAUACAUACGCCAACGUCGGCGUGUACGUCGUUUUCAUGAACUGUUCGAAUCGGCUGUACACGACUAACUACACUACGAUUGCCAUCGUUCAAAAGCCGAUCGAGGGCUUCGAUUUUCCCGAACUCGACCCGAUUAAGUACACCGACAAUGCAGAACUAGCGUGGUCAUGCGUCAGCGGAACAAAUGCGACCUACAAUCUCACCGUUGAAAGGAUGUACUCGAGUCUAGCACAAGUCCUUUUGCAAAACGACGACGUUACGAUUUCAGUAGAUCGGUUGACUGGUUCGCAUGUGUUCCCAGCAUCUGUCGACAGCCCUCACGACUAUGGUGUCAUGGCGUAUACUCUAACCGUUUGGAAUCUCGUCACACCCCCUCAAACGAUUCGCCGUGAACUGAUAAUCGAUAAGCCAAUCGAAGGCGCCGGUUUAACCUCUUUGGAAACUCACUGGGAGGUGAACAAAACCGUUACUGUCACGACAGCCAUGAGUCUUGGAACAAACGUGACCUUGGUUUUCGACUUCGGUGACGGUAACCAGUACGAGGAAUUUGUAAUGGGGGAAUUCCCAACCACUGGUGUCGAUACCUAUCAUACAUUCGGGGAUGAUGGGGAAUAUCUAAUUACGCUGCUUGUGAAGAAUUCUGUGGGUAAUGUGACAUUGGAACUGACCCUGUUUUUAGAAUAUGUACCCGACUUGUCCCUUGAAAGCAAUAGCCCGCAAAUCCAUCCUUCGCCCGCCACUGUUAACUUUACCCUGGUUGUGAGACCUGGAAAGGAGCCUCCGACUGAUGCUACUGCAGUUUGGGAUUUCGGUGACGGCACCCCGCUUGUUACCAAAGAUUUUGACUACCACGACAACCAUACCUACGCUAAUCCUGGGUGGUACAUUGUUGUUGUCAGAGUAUUUAACGCCAUCAGUGAAAUGAAUAUUACUGGUUACGCUGAUGUCCAGCGGGUUAUAGUAACCCCAGAGGUUUGGCCUGUGAAUACCGCUGGAGAUAACGGUGAUGGUGGUGCAGGCUCUGGUCCUGGCGGUUUGACCUUCCCUAAAGAUUAUCCGGUACGGUUCAUGACUAAGGUCGCAGACGGAACCAACGUUACCUACGAACUUGAUUAUGGCGAUGGAACGACAGAUUCGACAAACGAGACAUUUUUGGAACACCAAUUCAGCUCAGCUGGGACCCAUACAAUACACGUCACUGUUAAGAACUCCGUCAGCGAAUCUAAAUUUUCUAUAACCAUUGAAUUGGAGGAAGUGGUUAAAGACAUCACGAUUGAGAAUGACUCCCCGAUCGUUAUGGGAACACCGAUGACUUUUAAGGUCGACAUUGGACAAGUUGGAAAUGAAUCGUGUUUUUAUCUCACCAUGAAGAACGACUCUUUCAUAACGUUCCAGCCAGAAUUGACGACCACGUGCACCCUACCAAGCUUUUCAAGUGACGUCCGAAUGUUUUCCGGAAAUAGUUUUACAUUUGAGUACAUCUACUACGUCAUGAACGAGUAUCCAGUUACCAUUGAAGGUCAGAACCUCGCCUCGUCUGUCAUCGUGGAAGAUCGUGCGGUGAUCGUUGAUAAGCCGUGCUUCUAUCCGAAGGCGGUUGUCAUCGAAGUUGGAAAAAACGUUAGCACGGCCAGAAAGUUUAUAAAGUCGCGAAACACCGUUGUGCCCACGGAAAAUGUUAUCGAUUGUGAAGCAGCUGUGUACAGCAAAUUCGAAUGGCGCGUGUUCCUUUACGAUCCCACACGACCGCACAUCCCCCCCGGUGAGAACGAGACUACGUUCUUUCACGAGAUGAUCAACGUGACUGGAGUGCAGUACGACGCCCCCCGUCUCAUGGUCAAGCAGCGUGCGCUUGAUUACGGCAUUUACAAGGCGAUAGAGAAUGUAACGAUGAUCGGACCGCAGGGGGUGUGGAACACUGAUUUUGGAUUCUUCGAGAUCAUUAUGUCCCCCCUGGACGCUAUGAUUAUUGGUGGUAGUACCAGAUCGAUUGGUUUUGACAAGAAUUUCACUUUGGACGCAAAUAGUUCUGGCGAUCCGGACGUGGACGUCGGGGACCGAGAGGGUAUUCAGGUGUACUGGUUGUGUAAGAGGCAGUCUGAGAACUUCACGUUCCCUGAAGAUCCUGGAAACCUCACUGCGAUCUCAAUGAUCCCUCGUGCGGUGUCCCAUGGCCCGAAUGCCACUGAUUUAGGUGGUUGUUAUGGAAACGGUCCAGGCUUACUCGACUUUACCGGAUACCUGAUAAAAUUGAACUCUGUGUACAUGAACAUCAACGAGACGUAUGAUUUUCGAUUUUUCAUAAGAAAGGUGAAUAGGACAGCGUACUACGACAGUAGUGUAUUGAUUGUUUCCGGCGACCCACCUCAAAUGGCGAUAAGAUGUGACCGGAAUUGUCUUGAGAAAUUUAACCCAUCUGAGAAGAUUACCCUAACAGCGCUUUGCACCAGUUGUACUGCGUCAAGUAAAGCGCGCUUGAAAUACAAAUGGAGACUAAGCGUGUUUGAAAACAAUAUUUGGAAAAAAGUGGAAUUAGAACCCUUGGCGAAUUCGCCGACUAGCCGGGACACCGUGGUCGUUAAAGGAGGUGUUCUUGAGGGCGGAAAAUUAUACAGUCUUCGCAUUUCGAGCUGGUUCGACGGGGAUUCAUCAAUAGGAUUUGCGGAAUUGGCGAGGUACAUCAAUGUUCCUCCUUCCGGGGGCAAGUGUGUGUCUACCCCAUCUGAAGGAUACGCCAUGAAGGAGAUCUUCGAAGUGAAUUGCGAAGGAUGGGAAGAUUUGGACCUGCCAUUGAGAUACCAAAUCACUUACAAGAAUGGUCUGGACGGACUGGAAUCUGGCAUUUAUGAAGGGAUGGACGCCGUGCGCAGUAAUAUGACGAUGCCAUUGGGAAAGAAAGAAUCCAACUACACAGUAUUUAUAUAUAUUUCCGUCGUUGAUAAGCUUGGUGCUUUUACGACGUACGAAACAAGGGUUAAGGUCACGGAGGAACCACAAAGCGACGAAGAAUUUAGCAAUAUGGUUUCCUCCAUGACUGCAGAUAACGGUGCAUUGGGCAAUCUUAUUGCGGAAGGGAAUGCCCAGGCGAUGUGUCAGUUUGUGGGAUCAAUAACGUCAUUGUUAAAUAGCAAGGCUGAGCCAGAACCAGUUGUGAUUCCGCCGACCACAAUUCCGCCAGCCAUCCCUGUUCGCCCGCUCAAUCCAAAGGAACUCGCUGCGUUAAAGGCUAAACAGGAAAGAGAAGAAGCGGAGAGAAAAAGGCGGGAAGAGGAAGCGAGGAAACAAAGAAUUGCGGCUCGUGAAAAAAUGGUCAGUGCUAUGGCAAACGUUCAGGUUACUUCUGUCACAGCUGUACAACAAACAUCCGCAGCUCUUCAAAGUCUUCUUUCCACACCCGAAGAGGUCUCCCCCAAUGCCCAGGCGGCUGCAAGCCAAGCUAUGGACAGCAUGGCAGAUUUUAUGCUGUCAAAUGCAGGACAGGCCAGCGGUUCUGCACUGACCUCUGCUGCGACUGGACUGGUCUCUGGUCUUGGGCACAUGGUAUCCGCCACGUCAUCUACUGUGUCCAAGAGCAACAGCAGUGCUGGCGGGAAUAAAACUGACACUGUAAACCAGGCGAAAGCAGUAGUUGCGGCACUGACUUCAGCAACGGAAAAGGUUUCCAAAGCCUUGGCUGGUCAGACAGCCGUAGGCGAGGACCCUGUUGCCAUCAAAACUCCAGCUAUGGCGUUAUCUACCGUCAAGAAACUACCAUCUGAAUUAGCAGGCAGCAAGUUGAAAGUUGGAGAUGGCGACUUUGCCAUGCCUAUGGGGGAAGAUUCUGGUAAUAGCUCUGAACCAGUUGAUAUGAAGGGUGUUGGAACGAAAGACAAUCCUUUCUCGUGGGAUCCUGGUGCGAGCGCGGUGCAGACUCAGGUGAUGUCACUCGAAUUGCGGAACGCAACGGGGCACGUCAUCCCUGUAAAAAACCUCACCGAACCCAUCUCCCUCUUCGCUGCAACAGGGCAAACCCCGUCCGUUCCAUCUCUCGUCUCCCUCGCUUACAGGGGCACAGUUUACCACACUCUCAACGUGGAAAAGAAUGACACCUCUCUACAUUUCGAAAUCACCACCCUAGACCCCAACACCGAGCUGAUUGUGUAUCUCAAGCGCGGAUCUCGACCGAAGCCAGACGAUUAUGACUUCAAACAAGCGAUCCCUGAUGAACCAAAGGUGAACGCAACCUUCCCCAAAGACCGCCAUCUGUUCUUCGUAUCCAAUGCUGAUACCAACCAUACAACGGCUGGAACUUGGUACCUAGGAGUGUACUAUAACGGUACACUCAAACCUGAGUACCAAUUCGACAAGAAGAAUGUGCCAAAAUUGUUCAUACCAAAGAAAGUCAACUACACACUUCGUAUGUAUUCGUCGGGGUGUCUGUUUUGGGAUGAAGGACUCGAUAAAUGGAGCGGUGAUGGAUGUGUGGUUGGCCCUCAGUCUAAAAUGGACAUGGUGCAGUGCCUGUGUACCCAUUUGACCUCCUUCGCUGGGGAUUUCUUUGUUAUGCCCAACGCAAUCGAUUGGAGCAAAAUCAGUUUAGACAAUCUGUUUUCAAAUCCCACCGUCUUCGCUGUUGUCAUGGCUAUUUUUGGACUGUACAUCAUUGGCAUGAUUUGGGCCAGAAGAAAGGACAAAGAAGAUUUGCUUACGAUCGGUACAACGCCAUUGGAGGAUAAUGAUCCCCGGGACACGUAUCUCUACGAGAUUGUCUUCUACACGGGUCAUUCUGCCGGUGCUGGUACAACGGCCAACGUGUGCAUGAUAUUAGAAGGCAGUAUUGACGAGACCUCACCAAAAAUAAUGAAAGAUCCGGUCCGCAAGAAAUUCGACAAGAGCGGUGUUGAUACAUUCCUCCUGGCUGUGCCUUCGUCUUUGGGUCGCCUCAAGAAUCUUCGGGUGUGGCACGAUAAUGCGGGCGAGUCACCAGGCUGGUUCUUGCAACGAAUUUUAGUCCAGGAUAUGCAAACGGACAAGAAGACUUGGUUCCUUUGUGACAAAUGGCUCGCCGUGGAGGAAGAAGAUGGUUCGAUUGAAAGAAACUUGCCACCAGCAAGCCGCGACGAUCUCACGAGUUUUCAUUUGCUGUUCUCAACGGAGGCGCGAAAGAGUUUGACCGACAACCAUCUGUGGUUCUCUGUCGUGAAGCGUCCUCCGCGAAGUACAUUCACUCGCUGUCAACGUCUGUCUUGCUGUUUGACCAUCAUACUCACCACAAUGUUGGCCAAUGCUAUGUUCUUCCAGACAGACAGCACCUCGUCGACGGGAACGGAGCUGCGAGCUGGUCCUAUCAGUUUCUCGGUAAAGCAAUUGUCCAUCGCAAUCACGAGCAGUAUGGUGGUACUUCCUGCCAACAUCUUGAUCGUAACUCUCUUCCGAAAAGCCGGGCCGAAGCAAGCGAAGAAAAAGGCUGAAAGCUACACGCCCGAAGAGGACGAGGAAUCGCCGAAAACGGCGGAAAGGAAAAACGAAGAAGUCAUCGAAGUGGAAGAGUCGCCAGAGAAGGACAAGAAAGAUAAGAAGAAAAAGAAAAAGAAAAAGAAGAAAGGGAAAUAUCCUCAUUGGGUUAUUUAUGUCGCCUACGUUGUCGUUGCCAUUGCGAGCCUCGUCUCUGCCACGUUCACUGUGUUUUAUGGCUUAACUUUUGGCGAGGAGAAGUCUCAGAAAUGGAUCAUGACAAUGAUGAUAUCCUUCUGGCAAGACGUGUUGAUCUCCCAACCUUUGAAAGUGUUUGCUGCGGCGACGUUCUUUGCUGUCGUCAUCAAAAACCCUGAUAAGGCGGUCGAGGAAGAAGAUGAAGACAAGAAGGAGAACAGUCCAGUUAAGGCUGACGAAGAACUCGUCCACAACAAGGAAAAAACUGAAGAAGACGAGAUGGAGGAUAUUAAACGACAAGCCUUGAUGCCGAAGCCGCCAGAUCAGGUCAAACUUGAGGAAAUGAGGCGCUUUAAACUGAAGCAGAAAUUGAUGUACAAGAUUCUUCGCGAGAUUAUGAGUUACGUGAUAUUCGUGUUGAUAUUGCUCACAGUGGCGUAUGGCAAUCGGGAUUACAAAUCGCAUCACGUGAACAAUGCGCUGACGUCAUAUUUCAUGGGUGGCAGUUAUGCAGGAAAAAUGGCUAUUGGUGAUAUAAGUGAUAUAAAUGGAUUUUACAAGUAUCUGCGAGGCAGUCUUCUUCCAACACUUAAACCCGAGUUCUGGUAUGGGCCAUACGACCAGGCAGUGUCUAAAGUAAAACCACCGGGCGAAAAAGAAAUGUUUGCUUACUCAACACCUGGUUUCAACGGUUCAAAAGUGUAUCAUAAAGUACAUCAAUACCCAUCAGGAUACACCGCUGACCGUGCUAACGCUUGGCUCGUUGGCAUCGCCAGAAUACGGCAGCUGCGAGUGAUCGAUAAGGGUUGUGUCUUCCCGAAGGGUGUGGGCCAUUUGGUUGGUCGGUGUUCGCUUCCUUACAGUUUUGACAACGAAGACGUCGGCCACUACGAAGCUGGUUGGGUGCCAAUGAAUAAGAGCAAAAUCGAACUCAUCAAAAACGACAAAUGGUUCAAGUCUCCGUGGUCUUAUAAGACAGCAUGGCAACUCAGUGGCACUCCUUAUUGGGGUUACUUCAAGACCUACUGGGCUGGAGGUUAUGUCAGCGAGCUCAGUGCCUCGUAUGAAGAAGCCGUCAACAAAUCGAAAGAACUGGAAGAACUCGAAUGGCUGGAUGGUAAAACCCGCGCCGUCUUCUUUGAGUUCACAGUCUACAAUCCCUUCACGAAUUUCUUCGCUAUCAUCAACAUCCUCACCGAAAUUCUCCCCACCGGGGGGUACUACCCAUACCCGUACAUCUCCACCACCCGUCUCUACCGCUACAUCGGAGCCGAAGCGAAAGUGAUCAUGGUUUUAGAGUUCGUCUUCUUCAUCUACUUGCUUUAUUACAUGUUUCGCGAAUGGAAGGAACUGCGGACGGUGGGGAAGCGAAGGUAUUUCCGCGACCCUUGGAAUUAUUUCGAUCUUUUUGUCAUCGUGAGCUCGAUCGUAACGAUUGUAUUCUACUUUAUGCGGCUGGUCGCAACCAAAGUAGUUAUAAGUCGUGCCAACGAGGAUCCGUACUCUUUCACGAAUUUCAACUACGUUGUGGUCUUAGACGGCUUUGUGACCGCGUUCAUGGGCCUUGCCGUGUUCGUAUCGUUUCUCAAAUUCCUGCGCCUCCUACGAUUCAACCGCACCAUUGGAAAACUCGCGUCGACGCUUCGCGCAUGCGUCCCACCACUCGCCUCAUUCUUCCUGCUCUUUAUCAUCGUCUUCCUGGCCUACGCUCAGUUCGCCUUCAUGAUCUUCGGGCCGGAGAUGUCCGACUACUCGUCGUUCGAACGAUGUCUUUCGAACAUGCUCGGGAUGACUCUCGGCUCGUUCGACUUCGCCGCGCUCUCGGCGACCAAUCGUAUCAUCGGACCAAUUUUCUUCUUCACCUACAUUUUGGUGAUGGUGAUGAUUCUGAUGAACGUGUUUCUCUCCAUCAUCAACGAUACGUUCAACGAAGUGAAUUCAGACGCGACAAAGCAAUCCAGCGAAUCGGAAAUAGCUGAUUUCAUGAUGGACCGUUUUAUGGCUACUGUGAAACGUACAGGAAGAACAGUUCAGCCGAUAUACAAAGAGCCGAAAGACAAACUGGACCAGAACGUGGACGAUAUCGAGGAGAUAUCUGAUAACGUGCAGCAGGUUUUGAGGAGCCUCUGCCUCGAAAGCAUCCGUCACACGUCGUGGUUCAAAGCGGAGAACGCCGAGGAGGGCGACAAGAAACGGCAAAUCCUGAUGCUGCUCAUGAUCUCAGGCGAGAACUUCACGGAAAGCGAAGUGUGCGAUGCGAUUCCUGUACUCGACACGGUGCUCGCGAAGUACUCGUCCGCACAGCUCAAGACCAUCACCAAAAAUUUCCAGGAAAAAUUGGCGCGCGAGGAAAAAGAGGAUGCGGAAAAACCGGAAGGACGGGAAGACGAUGACGAUGACAAUGAUGACGACGACGACGAUGGCGACAGCAGCGAUGGCGACAGCAACUCCGACCGGGAUGAGAAUGUGUUUGAUGCAAAGCACGUACGGUUCGACUUUUAAACUGACAGCUCGCGAAAACGUCGUUCGCUUUUUCAUUUCAGGAAACACGCAUUCGUAGCAAUUCGCCACCCUUGCAAUGUCACAACAGACGUUUUAAUAUACUUUAAUUACGAAGGUAUUCAUUUUUUUCACGUCAGUUUAUGAUGACGUUCACAAGAAAAUAUACUCUGAUAUAGUCGUGUUAAUACGGAAAUAAAAUACGUUUUCCCUUCGAGUCAAAAAUGGCCUGACCAGUUAUGCUUUUAUUCAUCAUAAUACCGAAAAAAUACUGCAUAUUUAGAAUAUCAUGAAUACAGCAUUUAGAUAUAUUUAACCAUGUUUUACAUCUCCCUACUGAUAAGAAAAAAAUUUCAUAGAUUCGUAAACGAAAUAUUUCAUUUCAAAUUGCAAAAGAUGACAAGUCUGGCCAUUUUAGCUGUUUUAGCCCACUAUUUCCACAAGAGCUUGUACAAAGUAAAAAUUUUUAGCCACAAAUAUGCAAGUAGAAUAGCACCACAAAGCACUCAGUCGAUUCUUCUUCACCUAAUUUGAAUAUUCUCGAGAAUAUAACAAAUGUUCAGCAAAGUUAAUAAUAAACAAAAGUUAUGUAAAAGAACUAAACAAGUAAUUGUACGAAUGUGAAAUGUAUGUUAUUGUUCUCGGGUUCUACAUAAUAAUAUUGAACCGCUAACAAUUUAAACUUUAUUGAUCAGGAACGCCAAACGGCUUAGUCCUUACUAAUUUCCACCUUAAGUAUAUCAUUCUAGUUGUAUAAUUCCAGUUAGUAUAAUCGCAAUAAGAAAUAACACGGGUCCUUUGCUUAACGACCUACGCCUGCUUGUAAUUUCAAUUUAACAUUUUAAUCUAUAGUCA